UAUAGCAAUGGGAAACAGUAAUAUCUGUGGUUGUAUUGAAGAGAACAGGAGAGUUCCUAUUAAAGAAGGUUCUAAAGCGAUGUAUAUUUUCCAGCAAGGCGAUGGGCUUUCAAAGUACAUGAGCAUGAAAGCGAGACAAGAUGAUAUUUUACUUCCUGGAAAAAGAAGCGAUUAUAUUAUCAAGAAUAUUGGAGGUUAUAAUUACCCUUUGAUAAACGAAAUGGCAGAAAAAGAAAUAAGAUAUCAAAUCAGCAUGAGGAUUAGUCAAUUAAAUGAAGAGAUAAGCGAAAAUAGAGCUCUCAUUAGGAAAAGUAAAAGGAUGAUGGAUUUUGAAAACAAAGAGAAUUUGAAGAAAGAGAAGCAAAAUAUAGAAAUGAAGAGAGAUAGACUAAAGGAACUCAAAGGAUCUUUAUCCAAGAUUAAAGAGAGAUAUCGCCACCAUAUCAGAUAUGGUGACAGUACUCAUUCUCCAUCAGAAAGUUUCCAUCAGCCCAUUAGAGUGAAAGCCAUUCCAUCCUUAGAGGGUUUAUUAAGGGAAAAGCUUCAAGAGAACCCUCAAGAUUUGAAAGACUGUCUCCGAUUCGAUAGCAAGAACAAACUCAUAAUGCUCUGCUUCAUGUUGAACACUGCUUAUGGAGUCUCAUUUUUCCAUACAUUGAUGAAUUACUUUAUUACUUAUGAGUGGAUCUUACCCAAAUUAUGUGUACUGAGAAUUUGGGGAAUAGAUCAAAACACCCUUGAACAAGUAAGAGUCCUGCUUUCAGAAUAUUUACCAAGCGAAUUGAAAACUCUUGACCUCAGAUGCUCAGCAGACCAGCCUCAGCAUUUUAAAAUGUUAUUGACAGCUUUGAGAGACGAAGGGAAUCUUAAAAUAAACUCUGUAAAUUUAGGAUCUUUCAAGUUUAUUACACAUAAAGUUGAUAAACAAAAUGAAGGAGAGAACUUAGCCAGAGAAACUAUCGAGUACUUUGCUCGUAUUUCAGAGAGGCUUGAAUUUUCACACUGCCUUUUCCAAUGAGAUAGCUUCACCCUUGAUUCGAACAUUGACUACACUUUGGCAACAAUAGAUUUUAACAGGUGAAUCUUCAAGCAUAAAAGAAAGAUAGAGAAAUCACCUAUAUUGACCUUCAUGAAAGCAUUUAAUAACGACAAAUUCUGAGCGAUGUUAGAAUCUAUUAGAAUCACAGAUGAAACUCUCACAAUUGAUACAGAGACUAUAAGCAAGUCUAUCAGCUGGAAAUCAGAGGUAUUUUUAGAUAAAGAAGGGUCAACCCUGCCCUCAUUUGGCUAA